AUGUCGUCCACCACGACUCAGACCAGCACAAAAUGGUCGGUGGAGUACGAUACGGUGCGACGACACAAACUCUUCCGAAACACGCCCAAAGAUCGCAGCGCCUUCCCAGCCCUUCAGGCUGCUGUGAAACCACACAUCGAGUCGUUCAAUGCACUCUGGGACGAGAAAUUGAUCGACGCAGGAUUGAAGGAUAUCGGUGUGCACACGGUUGUGGAUGGAGACCUUCGAAAUCCCAGCCGCACCAUCCGCCGGAACAAGCUGGAUUUGAGAGUGACCGAGGUCAUCCUUGACAAAGCCGUGCUGCCGGCGUCCAACAAAUUCAGCCUCCAAGAUCGAAACAUCUAUCCCUCUGAGUGUCGAGAACGACAUGCCACCUACCGAGGGAAGCUCAGAGCGAGGCUGCAAUACAGGAUCAACAAUGGAGACUGGAAAGAGUCGGUGCGCGAUGUCGGGCAGAUGCCCAUCAUGCUACGAUCAAACAAAUGUCAUCUGGAAAAAUUCUCUCCUGCAGAGAUGGUUCGCCAUAAAGAGGAAUCGGAAGAAUUGGGUGGCUACUUCAUCGUGAAUGGAAAUGAGAAGCUGAUACGCAUGUUGAUUGCGUCCAGGCGAAACUAUCCCAUGGCCAUUGCUCGGAAUGCCUUCACUGGAAGAGGCCCGACCUUUUCCAAAUUCGGCAUUCAGAUUCGCUCUGUCCGUCCCGACCAGACCUCGCAAACCAAUGUUCUUCACUACUUGACCGACGGGAACGUCACCUUCCGGUUUUCGUGGAGGAAAAAUGAGUUUCUGGUUCCAGUGGUCAUGAUUCUCAAGGCCUUGGUCGACACAAAUGACCGGGAGAUCGCCGAAGGCAUCAUCGGCUCGUCGUCUGGGCCUACCACCCCCAGUUCCUUUGUCUCCGACCGAACCGAGCUUCUUCUGCGGACGUACAAGGCAUAUAACUUGAAGACAAGAGCCCAAACACUGGCCUAUCUGGGCGACAAGUUCCGGCCUGUUCUCGGCAAUCCCAUAACCGUGCCAGACGAAAAAGUGGGCGAAGAUUUCCUGAGGAAGAUUGUGCUCCCGCAUCUCGGCAAUGUCGACGUGACCCCGGCUCAGAAUAAUGACAAGUUUCAGCUGAUUCUGUUCAUGAUCAGAAAGCUGUAUGCUCUGGCGGCAGGCGACUGUGCCCUUGACAACCCCGACGCCGUGUCAAAUCAGGAAAUUCUGCUCGGAGGUUUCCUCUAUGGAAUGAUCCUUAAGGAGAGCAUACACGAUUGGCUGAUGGCUGUUGGAGGAGCUGCUCGAGAGUGGCUCAGGACGAAAAAUGGCGCAACAUUUGCAGAUGCCAGCUUUGAUGCCGACUUUCUUCCCAAAAUCGUGCGGAGGUCAAAUGAAAAUCUGGCCGGCAGGCUAGAAUAUUUUCUGUCCACCGGCAACUUGGUCAGUCAGACCGGGCUCGACCUGUCCCAAACAUCGGGCUUCACGAUCGUCGCUGAAAAGAUUAACUUCUAUCGAUUCAUCAGCCAUUUCAGAUGUAUUCACCGAGGAACCUUCUUUGCACAGUUGAAGACAACUACGGUGCGCAAACUACUACCCGAAAGCUGGGGCUUUCUUUGUCCGGUCCAUACCCCAGAUGGUUCCCCAUGCGGACUAUUAAAUCACCUAGCCCAUCAAUGUCAGGUCCAAAUUAAGAGAAUCGACACGUCUGGCAUCGAGAAGGCGAUCAGUCAAUUUGGUCUUUCGUCUGUGCCUGCGAUGGAUGUCGAGAAUAGCCUGUCGGUUCAGUUGGACGGCCGCAUCUUGGGUUACUCCCCUGCAAAGCGGGCAAAGGAGAUUUCCCAACUCCUGCGGCAUUGGAAGGUCGGUGGCGAACACAACAUUCCUACGGAGCUCGAAAUUGGCUAUGUACCGACCUCGAAUGGAGGUCUUUACCCUGGGCUGUACCUAUUCACCGACCCGUCACGCAUGCUCCGUCCCGUCAAAUAUAUCCCCUCCGACAAGCUCGACUAUGUCGGGCCGUUCGAACAACAAUACAUGAACAUUGCCUGUGUGGACGCAGAUAUCAUCCCGAACUUGACUACGCACAUCGAAUUUAAGCCUACCAACAUCCUAUCCAUCCUGGCCAAUAUGACGCCAUUCUCCGAUUUCAACCAGUCUCCCCGAAACAUGUACCAGUGCCAAAUGAGCAAGCAAGCCAUGGGUACGCCUUCAUCUAACAUGAUGUGCCGGACAGAUAACAAAGCCUACCUUUUACAAACCGGACAGACCCCAGUGGUCAGGCCGCCACUUUACAACGAGUAUGGAUUGGACAGUUUCCCCAAUGGAAUGAAUGCGGUGGUGGCUGUGAUUUCUUAUACUGGGUAUGACAUGGAUGACGCCAUGAUCAUCAAUAAAUCCGCUCACGAGCGAGGUUUUGGGGAUGGUGUCAUCUAUAAGACGAAGGUUUAUGAAUUGAACGAAAAGUCACGGAGCAGUCGAUCCAAAACUGAGAUCAAGUCUCUGUUCGGGUUUGCUGAAGGCGACCCCAACCCGUCCGAGGAAGCUCUUUCAAGUCUCGACCCGGAUGGCCUGCCUCCUGUCGGGACCAAAGUCGGCGAAGGCUCGAUAGUGCUAGCAUAUCACAACGUCAUGUUCGAUCCGUCGGAAGGCAAGCUGAAGAAUCUGGAUGGCAACACCAAAUAUUUCAAGUACAAGGACUCCGAAGAAGCAUACAUCGACCAAAUCAGACUCAUUGGCUCCGAGACCGGCGAUCAGCCGUGUCAAGCCAUCAGCAUCAAAUACCGAAUUCCGCGAAGGCCGAUCAUCGGGGACAAGUUCUCGUCGCGGCACGGCCAAAAGGGUGUGUGUUCGAUGCUGUGGCCCAGUGAAGACAUGCCGUUCAGCGAAUCCGGGAUCCAACCCGAUGUCAUCAUCAACCCGCACGCGUUCCCGUCCCGAAUGACGAUCGGCAUGUUUGUCGAGUCACUUGCGGGCAAAUCGGGCGCGCUGCACGGCCUCGCGCAGGAUUGUACACCCUUCUCCUUUGACGAGGACAACACGGCAGGCGACUUCUUUGGCGACCAGCUCCGGCAGGCCGGGUACAACUUCUACGGCAACGAGCCCAUGUACAGCGGCAUCACGGGCAAGCAGUUUGCGGCCGACAUCUACAUCGGCGUCGUGUAUUACCAGCGGCUGCGGCACAUGGUCAGCGACAAGUUCCAGGUGCGGACGACCGGGCCGGUCAAUGCGCUGCACGGGCAGCCCAUCAAGGGCCGGAGCAAAGGCGGCGGUAUCCGUGUGGGCGAAAUGGAGCGCGACUCGCUCAUCGCCCACGGCUGCGCGUACCUGCUCCAGGACCGGCUGAUGGAUUGCAGCGACAAGCAGCGUGCCUGGGUCUGUCGCUCGUGCGGCAGUUUCUUGAGCACCAUGAUGGUCCCCAACCAAUUCACCCUCGGCCGGAAGGGCGGUCGCGUCGAGCCCAGCGGCAUGGUGCGCUGUCGCGCCUGUGCUCGCCCGGCCGUUUUUGCUGACAGCAAGAUGCUCGUCUGGGAGGAUGGCGCCGGGCGCAAGUUCGUCGGCGGCGACAACACCACCGUCGUCAAUGUCCCAGGCGUCUUGCGCUAUCUCGAUGUCGAGCUCGCCGCCAUGGGCGUGCGCACCACGUUUCAGAUCGAGGGUUAG